ACUAAAAAUUUUAUUAUGUUAAUAAUAGUUGUAGAAAAUAACUUUUUAAUUUACAUUGUCACUCAAUUUAAAACUCAAUAAAUAAAUAAAUAACACGCUGGAAUAUACAACUAACGCUCAUGGAAUAAACUGUACCACAAAUUUUUCUGGAGAUUGAUUGGCCAAAUUUUCACACCGGUAUACGAGGUUUAUUUCUAACCUCACAAUUCUGAGAUUUGUUUACAUAUUCAGAAAAUGUGAAUAAAUUUUCAUUCAUAUAAAAUAAUAAAACAAUUAUUUAGGUGUAUUAUAAUUAAAUGUUUUUAUAAAAUAAAUAAUAUAAGAUGUAUAUUAAUGUAGUUGAAUAAUUUAAAUGAAUUAUUUAAAAUUUAAAUAAAACCGUAAAAGUAAAAUUUUCUUGUCAUUUAAGAAUGACUUCACAAAGUGGUCAAAACCUUUUGCGUUCAACAGGACUUCAAUGCAAAGAUUUACAUGAAUAUUUAAAAUCUCGGCCACCUGAAGUAUUAAAUAAACUUUAUCAAAAUCCACCGAUAUGUUUGGCAGUUUUUCGAGAGCUCCCAGAAAUUGCUCGGCAUUAUGUGAUGAGAUUAUUAUUUGUGGAGCAACCAGUGCCACAAGCUGUGAUUGCUUCUUGGUGUUCGCAAAUUCAUGCUGAAGAGCAUCAAAAAGUUGUACAUGUUCUCAACGAAUUAAACGUUUGGAAGGAAGCAUCAAUUCCUGGAGGUUUACCUGGAUGGAUAUUAAAUUCAAUAUUCAAGAAAAACUUAAAAAUUGUUCUGUUAGGUGGAGGGAAACCAUGGACUAUGUCAAAUCAGUUGGAAAUAGAUUCUAAGCCAAGAGAUGUAGCUUUUUUGGAUUCUUAUGCUUUAGAAAGAUGGGAAUGUGUGCUCCAUUAUAUGGUGGGAUCUCAGCAGCAGGAAGGAAUUUCUGCAGAUGCUGUGAGAAUUUUACUUCAUGCUGGAUUAAUGAAGAGAGAUGAUGAUGGCAGUCCAGUUAUUACUCAAGCAGGAUUUCAAUUUCUUCUUUUGGAUACAGCAUCUCAGGUCUGGUAUUUUAUACUCCAAUAUUUGGAUACAAUAGAAACUAGAGGAUUAGAUUUGGUGGAAUGCUUAACAUUUUUAUUUCAACUAAAUUUUUCAAUCCUCGGUAAAGAUUACAGUACUGAAGGCAUGUCUGAAGGAUUAUUAACAUUUUUACAACAUUUAAGAGAAUUUGGACUUGUUUAUCAACGUAAGAGAAAAGCUGGAAGAUUCUAUCCAACUCGUUUAGCAUUAAAUAUUGCAACUGGCCAAAAUAAACCGUUAGUAAGAGAUAUUGAUAAAGAAGGAUACGUUAUUGUAGAAACAAAUUAUAGAGUUUAUGCCUACACUAAUUCAAGUUUGCAAAUUGCUUUGCUAGGGUUGUUUUGUGAAAUGUUAUAUAGAUUUCCAAAUUUAGUUGUAGCGAUAUUGACAAGAGAUUCAGUACGUCAAGCAUUGAAAAGCGGAAUAACGGCAACUCAAAUAAUAGGUUUCUUGCAACAACAUGCACAUAAAAAAAUGAUUGAAGCGGGUCCGCCAACGCUACCACCGACGAUUGUUGAUCAAAUUAAAUUGUGGGAGAAUGAAAGAAAUAGGUUCAUGUUUAGCGAAGGUGUUUUAUACAGUCAAUUUUUAUCACAAACGGAUUUCGAAGUAUUACGAGAUCAUGCAGUAUCGAUAGGAGUACUUGUGUGGCAGAAUGAAAGAAAACGUACAAUGGUAGUUACAAAAGCUGGCCAUGAUGACGUCAAGAGAUUUUGGAAACGUUACUCUAAGGGUUGAAAUUAAUUUUUUAUAAUUUUCCUAUCUGAGUGUAAAUAUAGGUAUAAUUUUUUCAAUAAAAUUUUUGUAUGACAA